AUGACAAGAACUAACAAAGCUGCAUACAAGAAACAUCAGUGGUCAGGUGGAAAAAGGAAACGGCGUCAAGUCCAAGCUGCCUUACAACACCAUUAUGGCACCAAUUCAAGAAACGUGGCUUGGCGUAAUGUUCAAAUGAAUAACCCAUCUGACGUCACGAUGUGUGACGAUCCGUCAAAUGCCCAAACGGUGAUAAAUAAUGGUUCAACUAAUGCUGAGAUAUGCUACGAACCUACGGUCACAUCUCGUAAAGAUCAGCAUGAUAACGAACUCUACAACGUGAUCAGGAGUGAUAGAUUGACUGCAAGCCAAUUCGGGAUGGUAUGCAAACGACGAAAUAAAACUCCUUGCCACAAUCACGUGAAACAAAUUUUGUAUAAAAACAAUAUUUUAACAUCUGAUAUGAAAUACGGGCAGCAUAACGAAGCUGUUGCAAGGACUCUUUUUGAAACCACAACGAAUAAAAAAGUGGAACGUGCGGGUUUAUUUAUUGAUAAACAAUACGGAUUCCUAGGCGCAAGUCCAGAUGGUAUCAUUAUUGAUGAGAAUGCUCUACUUGAAAUAAAAUGCUUUCCAUCACUGAAAAGAAGCCAAGAAAGCAUUGAAACCGCGGCUGAAAGCCGCGGAAAUAAGUUUUGCUUGAAAUAUAAUAAGGAAGGUAAAUUGGUUAUGAACACAAACCAUAAUUAUUAUUACCAGGUGCAAGGACAACUGCGUAUUGCUGACAUGGCAAAAUGUUAUUUUGUCUGUUUUAUUGACCCUGGGAUAAAUAUGACUAUAAUCGAAGUAGACCGAGACGAGGACUUUAUACACAAUAUGAUACCAAAACUCGUAUCUUUUUACAAGAACUGCAUCGUCCCCGAGCUCAUUCUGCGAAGAGUUCCAAAAAACCAAAAAUGCGUCGAAAUUUCAGACUUGCCUGCUGAUCAUCAAAAACAAUAAACGUCGGACAACGGACAGUUCACGUCACGUCAUCCCUGUAAAGAUGAAAAAAAA